CCUGUGCUGUUCUCCAGUCCCCCACCUGUGCUGUUCUCCAGUCCCCCACCCGUGCUGUUCUCCAGUCCCCCACCUGUGCUGUUCUCCAGUCCCCCACCUGUGCUGUUCUCCAGUCCCCCACCCGUGCUGUUCUCCAGUCCCCCACCUGUGCUGUUCUCCAGUCCCCCACCCGUGCUGUUCUCCAGUCCCCCACCCGUGCUGUUCUCCAGUCCCCCACCCGUGCUGUUCUCCAGUCCCCCACCUGUGCUGUUCUCCAGUCCCCCACCUGUGCUGUUCUCCAGUCCCCCACCCGUGCUGUUCUCCAGUCCCCCACCCGUGCUGUUCUCCAGUCCCCCACCUGUGCUGUUCUCCAGUCCCCCACCCGUGCUGUUCUCCAGUCCCCCACCCGUGCUGUUCUCCAGUCCCCCACCCGUGCUGUUCUCCAGUCCCCCACCUGUGCUGUUCUCCAGUCCCCCACCCGUGCUGUUCUCCAGUCCCCCACCCGUGCUGUUCUCCAGUCCCCCACCUGUGCUGUUCUCCAGUCCCCCACCCGUGCUGUUCUCCAGUCCCCCACCUGUGCUGUUCUCCAGUCCCCCACCCGUGCUGUUCUCCAGUCCCCCACCUGUGCUGUUCUCCAGUCCCCCACCCGUGCUGUUCUCCAGUCCCCCACCCGUGCUGUUCUCCAGUCCCCCACCCGUGCUGUUCUCCAGUCCCCCACCCGUGCUGUUCUCCAGUCCCCCACCCGUGCUGUUCUCCAGUCCCCCACCUGUGCUGUUCUUCAGUUCCCCACCUGUGCUGUUCUUCAGUCCC